CUGUAGGCAACACCUCCGGCAGGGUGCCUCUCUCUUCCUUUCUCUCUCCCUGUCUCUCUCUCUCUAUAAACCGGAGACGGGAAAACUCCAGGACGCAGCAUUCUCGGCCCUCGGCGCCGUCGGCGGUCGAAAUGAGCGACCCUGGAAAGGAGUGAAAACCCUACGAGGAGCCGAACGCGUUUUUGCAUUCACGAAAAUCGGCUCUUUCGCUCUCUCUCGAUCUCUCUCUCUCACUCUCUCUCUCUGUAUCUAUGGAGAAAUAUCGCAGUCGCGAAUUAUCCCGGGGGUGAUAAUCAGACACCCUCCUAACGCAAAAAAUUCGUUUCGUUCCUUUCUGAUCCGUUUUUUUGGACCGGAGGGUGGACGACAGCGAUGAAAUCGCAUCUUCGUACUCCGACUCUAGCGCUUUGUAUCCACGUGUGAUAAAUUCGUCUUGUCAGCGUCUCGACUCGGCUCUCGUGUCUUUUAUUUCGGCACGCGGAUCGCGCAAGCUCGCUCAUAUCAAACCGUAAAUGUACCGAGACUCUGUGUGUGUUUUCGGAAAUCGUGCGUGUUUGCUAAACCAGUUAUAAAAACAAACGGAACUCGCCCACUCGCCUCUGCCAUCCUGGGGGACGUGCCUCAGAAGCCCGGAAAUUUGGCCAGGGGCUUUGAAAUAACUGAACAAUCUUCCCAAGGGAUUGAAAUUGAAGAGAAUAGGCGAGGAGAGGAGAGGAAAAAUAACUACCUUCGAAUCGUGAACCUUUGUCGCUAGGGAGAUGAGAGGAGGGGUGGACGAUCUUUCGAAUAAAUGUAACACGUUUCACUCCGUUGCGGACUGAAAUGUAUGAUAAUUCGGAGGACGAUUGUACAAUUCGAUAGAGAAUAAUUGAGUAGAUCGGAGAAACCGUGAAUGUGAAGCGAAAAGUUUUUGUUUGAAUCUCACGUUUAAACAGCUCUCUAGACGGAGAAGGUAGCCGAUAGUUUGAUACCCUGAUUAUUACCCGCGUAACGUUAAAAGAUUUUAUUUGCUGGAUCGUAAAAAUAAAGAGUCGUCAUAAAUUCACCGGCUUACCGUUGUGUGCGUGCAGUGUGUUGUAUAACCGGCCUUGCACGCAAUCGCGAGUAAAUAUUAUAUACAUCGUACGUAUACGUGAAACUCAUUUUUCCGAAAAGUAUACUUCACCCACUUGAAUAAUACGUAAGUGUCUACUCUGCUCGUCGAAUUCCACGGUAUCUCGUAUCCCCCCCUUUCGUUUCAUCAAAUUUCACUUAAAAGUUUCGAAGCGAGUUUCAGUUCUCGGCUUGAUGUGCCUCUGUAAUAACCCUGCCUAUCCGUAAAUUAGUAAUUCGUAAAAGUAAAGAAGAAAAAAAAAAAAAAAAAACAACCGUCUACUCAAAGAUGAAUUGAAUAUAUCCACGUAAAGUGCGCAACAUGUAAUAACAAACUUAAAAGUUCAACAGGGUAAAUCCAUGAGGUUCGAAACGGUUGCGCAGAGAUUUGACGUUGAAAAUAAACUCCAAGUUGAUUGUGAAAUUGUUCAAGUUAUUCCAUUGUUUUUAUAGAACCCGUCUGCCGUGUGUAAAACAAAUCUACUAAACCGUAUUCUUCUAAUUGAAAAAAAAUAAAAUAAAAAAAAAGGACAACAAAAACCGGAAAUAAAUAAACAGUGAUAUUCUGCGGAACAGGAGGCUGCGGCGACGAUAUAUUUUUUUUUUUUUUCCUUGAUCUUCUUUCAAGUUCGCCAUGGGCUGCGAACUCGGGAAACUCGCAUCUUCGGGAUCGCAAAAUCAGACCGGACGUGACAGUCCGCCGCCUCCCGCGGCUACAGAUCCAAGACUUCCGUUAACCGCCCGCCAAAAGUACACCAUAAUCGCCAGUUGGAAAGCCGUCGCCAGAGCCAUGGAACCGACUGGUAUCUACAUGUUCGUCAAGCUCUUCGAGGAGAACGCCGAGCUCUUGAACAUGUUCACCAAGUUCCGGGACCUCAAGACCAAGGAACAACAGACGACGAGCAUGGAACUCGCCGAGCACGCGACGACCGUCAUGUCGACCCUCGAUGAAGGCAUCAAGGGGCUGGACGACAUGGACGUGUUUCUCACCUACCUUCACCAAGUCGGAGCCUCGCACACGAAGAUACCCGGCUUCGAUCGCGAGUACUUUUGGAAAAUCGAGGCACCGUUUUUAGAGGCAGUUAGAAGAACCCUGGAGGACCGAUACACGGAAAACGUGGAGAACAUAUACAAGCUGACGAUUAAAUUCAUCAUCGAGACGCUGAUCGAUGGAUUUGACAAGGCGAAAAAUGACAAGGGUAAUUCCUAGCUGAAAUUAUACGAACGCGAAUUGCGUUUUAGGACAUGGAAAAUUUUCGUGCUACUUCGACUGGAAAUGCAGCAGCGGCAGCAGCAGCCGGAAAAAGCACAGAGAAAUCUUACGUUAAAUACGCCGUUCGAAGCAUAGAACUGAAAAUGUGUCACAGGAUAUAACCACUUACGAUAAAAGAAUCGAUUUUUGUUCUUACUUUCCGUUCUGACUUUCGCUCACAUUUCGUUCUUAAAUUCCUGCGGAAGGAAGAUUUUUACAGCUCGUUAAAUAUCGAUGUGCAGUCGAGGUAUGAAUUUUAAGGGGCAGGUGUAACUGUUGUCAAGCAUACGAGUAUAAGUAUGAACAUAUAUAAGAACAGAAAACGAAACGAAUCAUAUUUCGGUUCUUAUUCGACUCCUCGUAAUUCAAGGUAUAAUAAAUUCUCGAAUGGUCAUGAUCACCAGCCGAGUAUUCCUUACAACGCGAUAACGACUUGCGAACAUCUCGCGAAAAAAUGAUUUGCAAGCUCGAGGAAACGAAACUCGAUCGCGCUGCAGGAGUUAUAAUACACCCGUUGUUAUGCCGCGGCGUUGAAAUGAAUCACGAAUAAUAAUAUAAACAGUAUUCGGUGUUCGGUGUUCGCCCGGAUUCGUUCACGUUGAAUUAUUCACGUAAAUGGGAUCCAGGGUAAAAUUUGAAAUUGUACACCCCCCGUUUUACCGUGGGAGAAUUAGAGCUUGUACACGGGCGUAAAAUAAUACCUGCAGAUGCGACGCGAGCGAGUGAGAGGAACAGUAAUUAUUCUCAAAAAAUUGCUAACGAUUUAUUGUUUAUUUGCGUUUUAUUUCAUUUGUUUUUCUUUCACGUUUCACCCAAUGCACCAAAUAAUUUCAUCACUAGAUAACAAUGUGCGUAGAUAUAUUAUAUAGGUAUGUAAAGAAAAUAUCGAUUAUCCUCAUUCGACGUGUUUGUUGCCAUCACCUACAUUUUUCCCCGUCUUAUUUAUUUGUUUAUUUAUUUAUUGGUUUGUUUAUUUACUCGUUUAAUUAUUCUUCUCAAACAACAAAAGUACAUUUGUAUAACCCGCCAAUUAUAAAUAUAUCCAAUGAUCGAGUUAUAUAAUAAUAUGUAUAUAAAAGUAAGUUAUAUAAUAAAUGUAAACGAUGUUCUUAGCAAGCGCAUCCCGGUUAACAUGUCAAUUUCCAUGAAAAAAAAAAAUAAAUAAAAUAAAAAAUAUACAUAUACGUAUGUAUAAUUUAUAUAUAUUUAAUCUAGGACCAAAACUGUGACUGUCAUACUGGCCACGCUGAUUUUCAGUAAUAGGCAUAAAAUAUCCCCCAUUUCACGGUGAAAAUUCUUAAAAAAUCUAAGGCCUGCGGUAUCUUCGCUUCUGCAGUAACUGAAGAAAUAUAGUAAAGAAUGACAGUUCGAAGAUAUAGGAUGCAGUAAGUCAACGAUCUGGCUAUUCGAUUAAUUUCGACAGGUUUUACCGUUUUGUUUGUCGGAUAUAUUGAUUUAUGAGUUAAAAUAACAACCCGCUGAUUUGUGUCAAGUCGUAAUUAUUCCAACUCUCCGCAUCCAACGUUUAUCCUCCAGCUUUUAUAUUAAAAAUUAUGUAUAUUGGAUGUUUAUGUGUAUA